AUGUCAAUGAGGCAUCAACCAAACAACGCAAUACAUAAUCUAGAAGUCAACGUACUGUCGUCAACAACUCCGGCAGUAAAAUCUAUUACUGAAAGUAAUCUAAAUGGGCGGUUUUGGCUUAAGCUAGAUGGAACCGAUGUUAAAGAGACCUUACAACAUUCAGUAAAAGAUAUUUGGAAUGGGGAUGUUGACCUAAAUGAUGGGCAGCUGGAGGUUUUACGUACGGAAUACCAAUCUAGACUCGCCUGGAUAAACUCUGUACAUUCCACCACUGAAGAAGACCUCAAAACUUGUUUAGAAACAGGCUUGGUAAAUUUAGAGCUGGAUGUGAAGUUUCUUCAAGAUGCAUUUAAGAAGGCAACAGACGACUUUAGAAAGAAAAUGAAUAAAAAAAAUGCAAAUUCAGAAAUGCUGAAAGGCCUGAACUGGGAAGUUGUAGAAUGUAACACUCUGUUGCAGCAGUGCUUGGCAUUCAUGUCCACGUUUAAAAGUGAUUCAGUCUCGAGAUCAGCUAUUAAGUCAACAAGUCAGGAAUAUCAGAUAUAUUUGAAGAACCUAUUCAAGAAAAAGAGGACAGCAGCAACCCACAUACUCGUUAUUGCCAUUUCUGAUGAACAGAGGAACGUCAAGCCCUAUGCGCUACAAAUACAGUACCUACCUUACAGAUCUCUGAGAGACCAAUAUGUCAGAUACAUAACAGCACCAAUCAAAGAUGCUUUAACACAGGCUGGAAUUCAUGUUGUUGGUCUAGUAACUGGUGGAGAAUUCAAUUAUCUUAGGACACAGGGAGACACUGGCCCUCUUCACACUUGGCAACUAGUUCAUGACUCCAAAGAAGUUGUCAGAAAAAUGUCAAAAGCAACAUUGGAAUCCAUGCUUACCUAUGCUGGUGAACUGGACCCAGAGGCAUUCGACAAGGUAUUGUUAGAUCCAAGAGCAGGACUUUCUCAUGCCGCACUUACUGGACAGAGACCCCAGUCGGUAGAGGAUGCAGAAAAGCUGUUGUCUUACCAUGUAGCAGCCAGUAUGCAGCGCAAUGGAUUUGACUGUGAGGCUGAAUAUGUUUCAACUGUGGCUGCUUGGCAUGAAGCUUCAGAUGGAAGCUUAAGAGGAAUGGGACAACUGAGACAUUGCAAGGCAAAUUACCAAAUGUUAAACUACAUUGUAGCAGACCUUAUGCCGUGGUACCAGGAGAACUAUGACUUCACAUAUAUCGAUGUCAAACAGUAA